GUUUAAAGGACGCUACUCUUCUUUUCUUCGAAGGGCAGACUUCUGAAGCAUUGAGGAAGACGUUAUACACGUUCAGAACAAUGGACCAACUUCGCAAACUUUUUGUUGGUGGAUUGAAUGUCCAAACCACAAACGAAGGACUUCGUGCUCAUUUUGAACAGUACGGGAAGUUAACCGACUGCGUUGUUGUUCAAAACGACCAACUUCAGCGGUCUCGUUGUUUCGGCUUUGUUACAUAUUCAAGCGAGGAAGAAGCGGACGCAGCAAUGGCCGCUAGGCCACAUGUUGUAGAUGGAAAAAACGUGGAGCUGAAAAGAGCGGUGGCUCGUGAAGAUGCAGGCAAACCUGAGGCUCUUGCCAAAGUAAAGAAAAUAUUUGUUGGGGGCCUCAAAGACGACAUCGAAGAAGAAGACCUACAUGAUUUUUUUGCUCAGUUUGGUGUAAUCGAGAAAGCCGAAGUCAUUACUGAUAAGGAUACCGGCAAGAAGCGUGGCUUUGGCUUUGUGCACUUUGAGGACAAUGACUCUGCAGACAAAGCAGUUGUGCUCAAGUUUCACACAGUAAAAGGGCACAAAGUAGAGGUGAAGAAGGCACUCACAAGACAAGAGAUACAGGCUGCCGGUGGAGCUCGUGGCGGAAGGGGAAGAGGAGGUAGAGGAAUGGGGAGAAAUCAAAAUGGCUUCGCUGGUGGAAGAGGUGGUUACAACAGCUAUGGGGGUGGCUACGGUGGAGGAUAUGGCGGCAGCGAAGGUGGCUAUGGCGGAGGUUAUGGAGGUGGCUAUGGAGGAGGUUAUGGAGGUAGCUAUGGAGGAGGAUACGCCGACCAGAUGGGGGGCUACGGUGGCGGCAAUGGCUACAGUGAUUUUGGCAGUGGAUACGGUCAGCAGUCGUCUGGUUACGGGCCCAUGAAAGGCGGGAACACUUAUGGUGGUCGGAGCGGUGCCCCUUACCCUCGUGGUGGUGCAGCUGGCUAUGGUCGGGGUGGUUACGGAGGCGCAUAUUAAAA